UCGAAUAAGAAUUGUUUUGAUUGUGGGGAUGCGACUUUUCGGUCAUUGAUAAACUUGUGUGUUAAAUGAAAUCAACAGAUGAUAGAAAACAAUUAAUUUAAAACAAAUUUCAAGCAUGUAUUAAGAAUUUUAAAUGUUAUUUGAAUAAAUAGUGAAACAAUAUAAAAUUGUGCAAUAGCAAAAUAAAUGUGUGUUGACAUGAAAAAUCGCGCCAUCAUUUUGAUGCUCUCUGUACUCUGUUCAAAAAAGAAAAUAAAAACAAAGUAUUGAACAAGUUUCUUUUACAAAUAAAUUUUGUAUAGCUAAGAUGUUAAAAAAUAUUUACAUAAUUUAAGAUCUACAUAUGUAGAAGGAGUUUACGAAGUGAGCAUAUUAAGAAAUUUAUAUAUGUACGUGAUAAACACGGCGUAGAAGCUAAGAAGAUUAUGUAAAAAUUAUAUUGCCGUACAAUAAAUUAAGAUGUCGUUGACAAAGAAGGACCCAUCUUUGCGUGUUGCAGCUAAUGAUCCGCACUUGGUCAGCUUAGGCGGUGGUCGUUUAAGCACUGGUGUAACGAUUCAUUAUAUACCAAUAGGUGAUACAACAAUAGGUUCCUCUACCGCAUGCAAUAUAUCACUGAAUGGAAGUGGUGUACGUUCAACUCAUUGCACAAUCUAUCGCAGCGAAGAGAAUGAAGUAACUAUAGUUCCAGAAAAAGAUGCCCGCAUACUUAUUGAUAACACAAAAAUUACGCAUGAGGCGAAUUUGACGCAGGGUGCCAUGAUUACAAUUGGCAAUUCGAAUUAUUUACGUUUUAACAAUCCCGCCGAAGCGCAGAUGAUGCGUUCUGCAAUGGGUUCUAACGAAAGAAUCUCAAUGCCACAAAUCGACUUUACGCAAGUGCCGCAACGUAAUUCUGCUAAGAGUAUAGGCUCGAAUGGUGUUCCGAAUGAACAUCGACAAUCGAUGCACAUCGAAUCAUUUUACGAAACGAAUAUUAAUCCCACGAAUUAUGCACAAAUGAGCAUGUCAAUUAGUAAGGAAGCCACUAAGACGUCAAGUAAAGCCUAUAAUAAUAUGGGACCCAUCGACAUUAAUGGAUUACAUUGUCCGAAAGUAUUUACUGCCGAUUUAGUUACAGUAAAUAUGCCUGCGAAAGAUGUUCUUGGUCAAAAAUAUGCCAGUUUUGCUAAAAAUUUAGCCGAAAAUCAUCGCAAUGAUAAAAACAUCAAUAAUAAUUUGAAAAAUCAAGCUAAUAAUAUUAAAAUAAAUGCAAGUAAUCAAAAUGGCAGCGGUAAUUAUGUGAACAUUCCAAGCACCUCAAAUUACAUACAAAACACAAAUUUAAAUAUACAAAACAAUAGAGGUAGUUCUGAAUAUCUGACUAAAAUUAAUAAUGCAACACCACCGCGCAAUAACUCUUAUGUAAGCAAUCAUCAUAAUGUCACAGCAUACGAUCGGUAUCCUAAACCAGGAACUUAUGGUGGAUUACAAAUAUAUCCUAUGACCGGUGUGAAUACUGAAAUCAAUAAUGGUUCCACAAAUUCCUCGCCUAUGCAUAAAAUUUCAAGUGAAUCUGCAUCAGCUUACACCUCAAACCUCAGUCAAUCAAUAGAACAAAAGCGGAAUUUUAGCAAAUCUGAUAGCGAAUGUCUAGAAGAUAUGCUUAAAAUAUGCACCGAAUACACAGAUCGUCAAAAUCAAAGUUGUAAUAGCAUUACUUCAUCACCGAUAGUACAAAAUCGUAUCAAAACAAAUGGUUCACUACCACGUGAAAAGAAGUCCCCUUUUCAUAAUGAACAAACUCUCACCACAAAUAAUACCAAUCUAAAUACUAAAACUUAUAAUGGUACAAUAUCAGCUUCAUCUGGUUAUGAAAAUGUGCGUCUCGUCGGUCAAAAUCGUGUAGAAAUAAGCGGACAAUUAGUUGGUUCACAUUCACCAAAAACUGGCUACGAAAAUGUAGUCAUAGGCAAAUAUGUACCACAAAGUCCACGUACUAAAAUACGUACCACUUGUAUGUCUCCUAAAAAGGAGGUUUCAUUCGGUAAUCUUUUUAGUCAACCCAUCGCUCAACCAACGCAAGCUAAACUCUCCAAUCAAAAUGAGUAUGAACAACUUAUAAAAACAUUUGAAGAAAAAUUAAAGUUAGAAAUGCAAGCCAUUGCAGAGAGUAGUCGUUAUCAGCCUGGUAGCAAUUCAAAAGCUUAUUCUUCUGCAGAUCAAACACCAGCUAAGCGUAUAAAUAAAAAUAUUAAUAAUCUGACACUGAAUAUUCAACAAUCCCAUUCGUUACAAAACUCGCCAAAAUUAAGCAGAAAGCCCGCACCGGCGCCUAGAACAUUAUCCAGAGGGAACUCGGAUAGUGUGAAGAGUUUACAAAAUAUUGAAGCGACAAAGACAACAACCAUUAAUAGCACACAAGUCAAGGAUUGUAUUAAAAUUUUAGAAAAUGCGGAUCUAGAUCAACUAAAGGAAGCCCGCAAAGAUAUUUUGAUGCGAAUUCAAGACAUGAAAAAUAAAGUAUCUGAUUUACAAAAGCAAGAAGAUGAGGUGCUUAGAGAGUUGGAUAUGGAAAAAGCUCUAGUAUCUGCAGAACUUAGUGCGGUUGGUGUAUCUGUCAGUGAGUUAGAAAACCAGUUAAAAUUAUUGCAGAAUAAAAUAUAUCGUUUGGAAGCGCAACGUAAUGCAACUCGCGUUAUGGAGGAGAACCAACAAGCGAAACUAAAACAAUCAAUUGAAAUGAAGCAGGAUCAAGUUAAAAAAUUGAAAGCAAUGUUGAAACAAAAGCCUAAUAAUGAAUGUCUAAAAGAAGAGAUUCAUAAUGUUUGUGAAUCACUAGAAAAUGAUCGUAAAACGUUUGAAGACUUAGAAUUUCAAUAUCUGGAGGAAGAAUCAGAAUGGCAUGCUUAUCGAGAAGAAUUAAAUGCUGAAGAAAAAGGCUUAUCCACUAAAAUUGAAGAAAAAUGCAUCGAAUUAAAACAACUAGAGAAACAGAAUUUGACAACACAAAACUAUGCUUCCACAGAUGCUAAAGCAUUAAAUAGUAAAUUAAUUACUAUACUUAAUGAACUAAAACUUUAUCAAGAGCAACUGAAAUCUAUUGAUAAUAGUAUCUGCGACAUAACUGGACAAAUACAACCAAAUUCUUCAGAUGAUGAUGAAAAUAUCGAUGACAAACUGUCCUCAUCCACAAUAUCGCCACCAUUGCAAAGUAAUCUGGUAACUGGUGUUAUGUCACAGUCUUUAUUUGGUUCAGCAGAACUAUUGUGUCCAAAAAGAACUACAGAAGACAUUAUGUCCAAGAGUGUUAAUGAAAAUAUGUUUUAUAACAAUAGAAUUGAAUUACCAUGUGCAAAUGCUACGAGUACACCUAAGCGCACACAACUAAAAAUCAUUGAUAUAACUGAGAAUGAAUUGAAAAAUACAAGUGAUAAGCCACCGAAAUCACCACGUUUGCCAAAUGAUCCAUUGCUGCGUAUAAAGCAGAAUAUGAGUGAAAAUGAAGAUGUUGCACAAAAUGAACGAGUUAAAUUUAAUCUUUCACUUGGUAGCGAUGAUUUUGAAGUCAAUCCUUUAGAGAAACGUGUACCAUCGCAAGAUGAUAUUGAUCGAAUUUGUAAAGUAACACUGGAUGCACCCAUAUCAACAAAAGGUGCAAGUACAAAAAUAUUCGAUAGCAUCAAAGAAAUUGAGAGAAAUCGUCAACUGCUUUUGGCACAACAAGGUCCACAUGUCAUUGAACAUGAACGACAGAAAAUGAAUGACUUAAAGAAAAAGAGCCAUGAUGAAGCACGUGCACAAUAUCUAUCGAUGCUGAAUAAUAGCGUAGAUGGCAGCAAUAAUUGUACCACAACAAACUCACAAGCACAAAUCCCACAGGAACAGGAGUUGCAAAAGUUAAAAACGGAUAAAGAAAAUUCGACACAAAUGAAUAAAAUAAAUCAAAAAAAUAAUUAUGAAAACAAAAAACAACAAAAUGCAGAUAUAAAAAAUCUAGAGAACAACGAUGAAAAUUCUAGUCAGGUGCUAGAUGGCAUGUGUUGUUUGUGUAAUCAUUCUAAAAAGUUUUCUGGUUUAAAUCCUCGAUAUAUCAAGAAGUUAAGUACAUCGGUUUAUAGCUUAGAGAAAAAAAAGCUUAUUCCACUUAAAUUCGUUGUUCAAUUAGUGUAUCCAGAAAAUCUGGAUAGCGCUAUUAUAUUGUAG